ACUAACAAGCCCUAUCAUACAUGUAUAAAGAGUGUGUAUCACGUGACCGGACAAGAAACGAGAAGAUAUAACUUGAAAUGUGUGUAUAGGUUGAAAUAUAUAUCGGUCGCUUAAAAGGACAGUAUGGAAGAUACAUCGAGAGAGACGUUCACAAUGAAAACCGUUAUCCUUAUUUUGACCGUGUGUGUUUCUGCUGUAAAAUGCCAGGGAGACACAAUGUGCAAUUACAUACCAACAGCUGAUCCGUACCAUGUGUUAGCAAUACACGGUAGGUGUUAUCAUAUGGUACAGGACGCCAUCACCUGGACAGAAGCUACCACCAGAUGUCGUGCCAGGAAUGGUACACUUGCAAUCGUUCGGGACUCGGAAACAAAUAAACUACUUAUUCAGAGAGCUAUGGAUCUAGAUCUUAAUGACAAAGCAGAGGUGUCUUUUUACUGGAUUGGAGGAAGUAUUCAAACAACGGGAGCCGCAAUCACGUGGCAGCGAGACAUAAAUGGCGAUGAAGUCACUAACCCCUUUACUGCCUUUUUGGACGGUGAACCCGUGGGUUCUGGAUCUAAUGGGUGUUUACUUCUGGAUCCCUCGGAAAUGGGCUGGGCAACGGAUUUCUGUAAUGUCUCCCUCGAACUCACCGGUUACGUUUGUGAACUCGCCAGUGGAUCGAUGUCUUAUUUGCGAUCAGGUACGUCAAAAUUGUUACUGACCUUCCUACUGACUGUAGUUCUGGGUCACGUGGUGUAACAGGGAGGUUCUUUGUGUCUACAACAAUAGAAGCCCGCCAAAUUUGGACAUGUGGUGUAACAGGGAGGUACUAUGUGUCUAUCGCAAUAGACACCGGCCACAUUUGGACACGUGGUAUAACAGGAGAAGUCACGUGCGCCUACAACAAUAGAUUCAACGUGUCAUCAUUCCAUCAAUGUCAUCAUCAUUCAAUAAAGCAUUUUCUAAUCACGUUCAA